AUGAACACUGUGUUGGAUCAGGAGAUGGAGCGUUACAACACGUUGUGCACUACGAUCCUCGUUAGCAUCCAGAACCUGCUCAAAGCCAUCAAGGGGUUAAUGGUGAUGGAUGCUGAGCUGGAGGCAGUGGCUGGCAGUUUAAUAGUGGGGAAAGUGCCAGAAAGGUGGGCCAAGCACUCUUAUCCCAGUCUCAAACCCUUGGGCAGCUACAUAAAUGACUUUCUUGCAAGGCUUUUUGCAAAAGUGGCAUGACACAAAUAAGCCUAAUGUAUUUUGGCUGUCUGGAUUCUUCUUUACUCAAGCUUUUCUCACUGGUGCAAUGCAGAACUAUGCAAGAAAGUAUCACAUUCCUAUUGACUUACUAG